AUGUAUAGCAUGAUGAUGGAGGCGGACAUGCACUCCCCCGGUGGAGCCCAGGUCACCACCAACCUGACGGGCCAAACCGGUGCGGGAGGAGGCGGCGGCGGCGGAGGUGGCGGCGGCGGGGGUCCCAAGGCCAACCAAGACCGAGUGAAGAGGCCCAUGAACGCCUUCAUGGUUUGGUCGCGGGGCCAGCGGCGGAAGAUGGCCCAAGAGAACCCCAAGAUGCACAACUCCGAGAUCUCCAAGCGCCUGGGCGCUGAAUGGAAAGUCAUGUCCGAAGCGGAGAAGAGACCCUUCAUCGACGAGGCCAAGCGCCUGCGGGCGCUGCACAUGAAGGAGCACCCGGAUUAUAAAUAUCGGCCGAGGAGAAAGACCAAGACUUUGCUAAAGAAAGACAAAUAUUCCCUGGCCGGCGGGCUGCUCGGCGCCGGCGGUCCCGGGGGCGGCCCUCCGGGGGCGAUGGGCGUAGGAGUGAGCCCCGUCGGGGUCGGCCAGCGCUUGGAGAGUCCCGGGGGAGGCGGCCCCGGGGGUGGCGGGAGCGCCGGCGGAGGCAGCGGAGGCUCCGGCGGCGGCUAUCCGCACAUGAACGGCUGGGCUAACGGCGCGUACCCGGGCUCGGUGGCGGCGGCGGCGGCGGCGGCGGCGAUGAUGCAAGAGGCGCAGCUCGCUUACAGCCAGCACCCGGGCAGUGGUGGCCACCCGCACGCCCACGCCCAUCACCCGCACCCGCACAAUCCCCAGCCGAUGCACCGCUACGACAUGGGCGCCCUCCAGUACAGCCCCAUCUCCAACUCGCAGGGCUACAUGAGCGCCUCGCCGUCGGCCUACGGGGGCAUCUCCUACGGCGCCCAGCCGCACCAGAACUCGGCUGCUGCGGCCGCCGCCGCCGCCGCCGCCGCGGCCGCCGCCUCGUCGGGAGCUCUCGGGGCGCUGGGGUCCUUGGUCAAAUCCGAGCCUAGCGUCAGCCCCCCCGUCACCUCAGCGCACUCGCGGGCCCCUUGUCCCGGGGACCUGCGCGAAAUGAUCAGUAUGUACUUGCCCGGCAGUGAAGGCGGGGACCCAGCGGCUGCAGCCGCCGCAGCCGCCGCCGCCGCGGCCGCUGCCCAAAGCCGGCUCCACUCCUUACCCCAGCACUAUCAGGGCACCAGCACAGGGGUGAACGGCACCGUGCCCUUGACGCACAUCUGA